AUGGACUUGGUGAGCAAUGAAGAGGGAAGAACUGAGCAUUUUCCUGUAGGAAUGAGGGUGCUUGCUGUUGAUGACAAUCCAACCUGCCUUCGGAAACUCGAGGAGUUGCUGCUUCGUUGCAAGUAUCAUGUGACAAAGACAAUGGAGUCGAAGAAAGCUCUGGAAUUGCUAAGAGAGAAGAGCAAUAUGUUUGAUCUCGUGAUAAGCGAUGUAGAGAUGCCUGAUACAGAUGGCUUUAAGCUGCUAGAAAUUGGUCUUGAAAUGGAUCUUCCUGUUAUCAUGUUGUCAGCUCACAGCGAUUACGACAGUGUUAUGAAAGGUAUUAUUCAUGGCGCUUGUGAUUAUCUGGUCAAGCCUGUUGGCCUCAAGGAGCUUCGUAAUAUAUGGCAACAUGUUGUGAAGAAGAACAUUACCACAUACAAAAAAAACAUUUCCCCUUCUCCCCAGCUGCUAACUCCAUCUGAAUCUCAUCUUGCCCCAAGCGGCAGCAAGAAACGUAAAGAGAAAGUUAAUGACAGUGGUGGUGAUGAAGAUGAAAGUGACAGAGAAGAUGAAGAUGGUGAGGGGAGUGAACAAGAUGGCGACGAGUCAUCCACACGGAAGAAGCCUCGUGUUGUUUGGUCACAGGAGCUCCACCAGAAGUUUGUCAAUGCCGUUCAGCAACUGGGACUUGACAAGGCUGUUCCAAAGAAAAUACUUGAUUUCAUGAAUAUAGAAGGUCUCACUAGGGAAAACGUAGCCAGCCAUUUACAGAAGUACAGACUAUACUUGAAAAAGAUAGAUGAAAGUCAACAUCAGAACAUGACUCCAGAUACAUUUGGGACAAAAGAUUCAUCUUACUUUAAUAUGUCUCAACUUGAUGGACUAAGAGACUUCACUUCCACAAGACAAUUUCCAAGCUCUUCACUCUUGUCCCGUUCCCAUCUCACCAGAUUCCAUCCCUCUGUGUACUCAUCCAUAAACCUUCAAGGAACCAACUCCUCCAACUUCAACAACCACCAGAGCUCAAGCAACUCAGCUAAUCCAUUUGGAACUUAUCACCGUACUCUGUUCCCAAGAUCCCAAAACGUGAAUCUGUCACCACUAGAGCCCCUCCAGUUUCCUACGAGCAAGUACAUGGGAGAUUUCAAGACCAUAGGGGACCGAGCAACUGGCGGUAGCUUCCUUGAUACUCGGAUGUCAUUCGGUAGCUCUAGCACCUCUUUGCCAAGUGCUUCAAGCAACAAUCUGAUGUUGCAAGCAAACUAUACACAACCCCUGCACAUAGCCUCGGAUAAAAACCAGCCUUGCCACGAGGCCAACUCUAGUUCCCUAAACAUGAGCGUUCAUGGACUACCUAGGUUUCCUAGUCAUAGCUGGCAAGGGAGUUUGAGAACAACAAACAGAUUCCCAUCAAGCUGUUUACCAAUAAACCAUGUUUUCAGUCAGGAUCAAGUGGCAUAUCCAGGGAGCGGUCUGGGAGAUUGUAGCUCUUUGGUGUCUGCAGAGAAUCCUGGUGGAGAGAUGCAGUGUGAGCCUCAGUUGCUAGGUGCCUUCAUGAACACGUUAGACGAUGGACCAAAAUGGGAGGAACAGAACUGCAACAUGGUGAACAAUCAGUUCGGUAACGUGGAGUAUCCCUUAGCAGCAGAUAACAUUGUUUUCAGGGACAACAAUGCGAGCAGAAGCAAAGGCUUGGAUGAGUCACUGAUGAUGAGCCCAAUAGAGGACAGUGCAACAACAAUCAACAACAGUCAAGAGUAUGUGGGGAAAUUUACAAUGCUGGAUGCAGAUCAGAUGAAGCACUCUGGAAAGCCAGAGAAUGCUCUUGUCGUCGAAAACCAGCAUGAUGUAUUCGAUGACAUAAUGAAUGAGAUGAUGAAACAAGAUGAGAAUAACGGAUUGGUAUCAGCUGUGGCUACUAGAUUUGGGUUUGAUUCGUUUCCUCCGCCUUAG